AUGAGUCGCUCUCCGUCUGCGGAUGGGCAAAUCCGGACGCUCGACUUUGAUGCCAACCGCACCGUGCGCGCUCGCGAUAGUCAGCGGAGCCUGCUAGACGACGAUGUCGACUUCAUGGCCGAGGUGGCUGAGGGCAUCAUCGAACGCGACCGGAUCAGAAUGCGGCGGGAAGUAAUGCGCGUCAUCAGCUUCAUCUGCGCAGUCUUGAGCUGUCUAUGCGCAGGUUCCAUAACCUCAUUCUCCCUCUAUGGCGGGCGAUUCCUGACCGAUUUACACUAUACCCAAUACCGGGUCAACAUUGUGUCCAUAACCGCCGAGCUGGCCAUGUACUUGCCUGUUCCGCUCUUUGGCUUCCUCUGCGAUCGUUACUCGCCUCCACCUUUGUCACUCCUAGCGUCGAUGCUCUUUGGGUUUGGUUAUCUGCUGGCAGCAUACACAUACCAAUCGGGACCACCACGAGACGCAGGUGGGCAGGGAUGGCCAUUCGGAGUCAUGGUGCUGGCCUUCGUAGGCGUGGGCGCUGGUACGAGCUGCAUGUACCUCUCCGCAGUGGCGACGUGCGCGAAGAACUUUGCCGAGUCCAAAUACCGAGGCUUUAUGCUGGCGGUCCCGAUCGCGGCUUUUGGCCUCAGUGGCAUGUGGCAGAGCCAAAUCGGAGCGCAGCUGCUGUAUGAGCGGACAGCCGACGGUCGCAAAGGCGAUGUCAACGUUUACCGCUACUUCUUGUUCCUAGCCGGAACACUGAUCGCGGUCGGUGUCGUCGGAUCUCUUGGUCUUCACAUCGUCGACGAAGAAAAGCUGAUAGACCAUGGGGUCGAUCAGAUGGAGAGAAGCGGCUUGUUGGAUGAGUCCGAGUUCUUCAGACAGUCGCGACACCGGAUUCGACAACACUACGGUACAAUCGAACCUAGUGGAUCCGAGAGCGAGACCGAAGAUGAUGUGGAUGAGGAGAUGGACUUGUCCGAAUCUCAAGUGCUGAGAAAGCACGAGGAGGAUGAGAGACUGCGCGAAAAGAAGUUGUGGCUCCUGAACCAUUCCACACAUGCGUUUCUUACAGAUCGGACCAUGUGGCUGCUCGCCGCUGGCUUCUUCUUGCUUACUGGGCCGGGUGAAGCGUACAUCAACAACCUUGGAACCGUCAUUCCGACUCUAACGCCAAAGAAGUACUUUGAUGUUUCGAACCCACCCGCAGGCCAUGCUGCGACGCAUGUCAGCAUCAUCGCGCUGACAUCGACGAUUGCUCGACUCUUCACCGGCUCAUUGUCCGAUCUGUUCGCGCCACCUUCAAAUCCCGAGUGCCCGCCGUCCACGCGGUUCACCUUUUCUCGGCUAGUACUGCUGCUACCAUCGGCCUUCAUCCAGCUGCUUGCUUUUGUCAACCUCGGUCUACCGUUCUUGACGCUCGAAACACCAUCUCUCUUUUUACUGUCGUCCGCUCUGCUAGGUCUUGGCUACGGCGCAUCUUUUUCUCUGGUACCAAUUAUCGUCAGCGUGGUCUGGGGUGCCGAGAAUUUUGCGACCAACUGGGGCAUCGUGGCCAUGAUGCCGGCGGGGGGAGCGGCGAUUUGGAGCAUUGUCUACAGUGUUGGCUACUCUAGAGCGAGCGGCGACAGCAACGAAUGUCAUGGGUAUGCUUGUUUCAGCGGGUGGACGUGGGGAUGUGCGGUCAGCAUCGUGAUUGCAAUGGCUCUGCUGUCUUGUGCUUGGCGAUUCUGGAAGCAGCGAAACGUCGUUGUCUAG